UAGAGUGCAGUAGCCGCCGCCCGUGACGUAACGAAGCCGGCUCCGAGGAAGGAGGAGGCCUCGACAGCGCUGAUUGGCCGAGGCCCCCGCAGCCCCCCGCUCCGACUCCGGUGGCCCUGGAGAAGGCUUCGGACACAUCGUGACGAGGGAUGCCCAGGAGUCCGGCCAGAUUGCUUGAAUGAUUGGGACUAAACAUGGAUCCUGGUGGGGGAUGCCUCGAGCUGCAGGCCCAGGAACACACAAUGCCCCACACCAUGAUAAUGCAAGAUAUUAUGACUGGAAUGGCUGGCACAGCACACAUCGACGGAGAACAUAUAGUGGUUUCUGUUCCUGAGGCCGUCUUAGUUUCUGAUGUGAUUACAGAUGAUGAAAUAACUUUAGAACAUGAUUUAUCAGAUGAAGUUGUACAAGGACCUGACAUCAUCACAGAGGCGGAUGUUGUUACCGAAAAUGUUAUCAUUCCUGAGUCUGUAUUAGAAACUGACAUCACAAUUGAAGAGGCUUUGAAUGAUAGCCACCAUGUUUUAGAAUCUGAUAUUAUUACAGAAACUGUAUCGGUUUCUGACCAAGUGUUUGUGGCAGAUCUUAUAACAUGCCCAGAUGGACAGCUGGAGCAGGUGGUCCAGGACUCUUUAUCAAGACAUCACUCACCCACUAUGAUUUCAGAGGAGGUCCUGGUAGCUAGUUGUGAUUCAGAUGCUAUUAUCCAAUCUUCAGGUAUUCAACCAACAGGGUCCACAGUUACUAUUAAAGCAGAAGAUGAUGAUGAAGAAGAAGAAGCAAAAAGCACAUCAGAGGACUACCUUAUGAUAUCAUUAGAUGAUGUUGGAGAGAAAUUGGAACAUAUUGGAAAUACCCCACUAAAGAUUAGUGCAGAAGUCUCUCAUGAUGAUGUAUCUAAAGAAGAUGGAUUUGGCUCAGAAGUAAUUAAAGUUUACAUAUUCAAAGCAGAAGCAGAGAAUGAUGUGGAAAUAGGUGGUACAGAAAUUGUAACAGAGAGUGACUUUCACAACGGACACACCGUCACUGGUAUAAUUGAACCAAGUAGCCUUGGCCGGAUGCCGCGAGAGAAGAUGCUUUAUAUGGCUGUUAAGGAUCCCUCUCAAGAAGAUGAAAAUAUUGGUUGUGCUGAAAUGGCAGAUGAAGUUUACAUGGAAGUGAUAGUAGGAGAGGAGGAAGCGGCUUCUCUUCCGGAUGCACAAGCUGAAGAUUCCAAUGCAAACAAAACAUAUGUGCCUGUGGCUUGGGCAGCUGCUUAUGGAGAAGAUCAAGAACUUCCAAGAAAGUAUGGGGAUUGGCAAGAAACAGGAAGUAUGCUGGAAUCCCGGAUAGAUGCAAAGAAUGUCACAGCUACCCAGUACUUGCAGAUCUGUGACAGUAUUACUACUAACAGAGUUUUUAAACCGAAAAUCAAGAAAAGGAGAAGAGGGGACUCCAGGCAGUGGCAAACAGCUGUCAUAAUUGGCCCUGAUGGACAACCAUUAACUGUGUAUCCAUGUCAUAUCUGUGGUAAGAAGUUUAAAUCCAGAGGCUUCUUGAAGAGACACAUGAAGAAUCACCCAGAUCACAUGAUUAAGAAAAAAUACCAAUGCACUGACUGUGAUUUUACAACCAACAAAAAAGUGAGCUUUCACAACCACCUGGAGAGCCACAAACUCAUCAACAAGGGCGAUAAAUCCCACGAGUUUACAGAAUACACCAGGAGAUACCGAGAAGCAAGUCCACUAAGCUCUAACAAAUUGAUAUUAAGAGACAAGGAGCCUAAAUUACACAAGUGCAAAUACUGUGAUUAUGAGACUGCAGAGCAGGGGUUGCUAAACCGGCAUCUCCUUGCAGUCCACAGCAAGAACUUUCCCCAUGUCUGUGUUGAAUGUGGCAAGGGUUUCCGACACCCUUCUGAACUUAAGAAGCAUAUGAGAACACACACUGGGGAGAAGCCAUACCUUUGCCAUUUCUGUGAGUUCAGAUGUGCUGACCAAUCGAACCUAAAGACACACAUAAAAAGCAGACAUGGCACUGAUUUACCAUUUAAAUGUGAACAAUGCCCCCAGGCGUUCUCUGAUGAGAAGGAGCUUUUGAAACACACUGAGCUAUUCCAGGGUCACAAAACACAUCAAUGUCCCCACUGUGACCACAAGAGCACUAACUCAAGCGACUUAAAGAGACAUGUAAUAUCUGUACACACAAAGGAUUUUCCCCACAAAUGUGAGGUGUGUGAGAAAGGAUUUCAUCGCCCCUCUGAACUUAAGAAGCACAGUGAAACUCAUAAAGGCAAAAAAAUGCACCAGUGUAGGCACUGUGACUUUAAGACUUCUGAUCCUUUUAUAUUAAGUGGACAUAUACUAUCUGUCCACACCAAGGACUUGCCUUUUAAAUGCAAAAAAUGCAAGAGAGGAUUCAGGCUCCAACCUGAACUCAAAAAGCACAUGAAAAGCCACAGUGGGAAGAAAGUGUAUCAGUGUCAGUUCUGUGAAUAUAGCACUACAGACGCUUCAGGAUUUAAACGACAUGUGAUCUCCAUACAUACUAAAGACUAUCCACACAGGUGUGAGUUCUGCAAAAAGGGAUUCCGUAGGCCAUCUGAAAAGAACCAGCACAUAAUGAGGCAUCAUAAAGAGCCCACUAUAUAAUUAAUAACACAUUGUUACUUUGGGGUGGGGACAUUUUAUGAAUGGUUCUGAAGUGCAAUUGUAAUACAAAAUAAAUUAGUUUAUAAGAAUACGCCAUUCCCCCUUUAACUUAUAAAAAGCACUAGAGUGGUUUUAGAAAAUGGAUGAAUGUCUUUUACCAAGUAUAUUAACUUGACUGAACCCAGAUCAUACAGUUUAUUUUAAUUUUUCUUUAUCAAAGGCUGAGUUUGUUUCACAGUAUACUAAAUAUAUUACUCAUAACUGUAUAAACAUGACAGAGAUGUCUAAAACUGUGCAAUUUUAAAGGCAGAUAGCUUUUGACAUUCUCAAUAAUGUAUCUAGUUUUUACCUUUUGCUUGGGAAUAUCAUUUCAAUGAAGAUCUCCUUGGUGUUACACCAGUUGUUACCGUUUCUUGGAAAAGUAAGGUUUCCAAAAUGUAGUACUUAUACAUUUCUGAGCUGCUAAUAAAUAGUAUUAUACAUUUCAGUAUUUAUACAGUAGCAUUACGUUCAAAUUCUACAAGUUAUGGUGCUAGAAGAAAUACAAAAAAUGUGUGUAAGUAUCCUGAUAGUGCAGUUUAAUGUUGUUUGGUAGGCACCUUUAUGUAUCAAUGAGUCUGUUUCCCUUUUAAUUAUAUGUAUAUAAAUAUAUAUAUAUGUGGAGAAAAAAAUACUUACAAUGGCAAGUUUGGCACUUUUACCUUAAUAUGAGGUACAAUGUUCUAGUUGAAAGGCUUUAUCAACAAUUUUUCUACAAAAAUCUACCCAAAAGUCUAGGAAUAUUUUAUUGACAAAAUCCUAUGUUAAACUGUUCAACUGGAAUAGGGCGACAUAGCAUGGAUCUAUGUCAUUUUAUCUGCAGCAAAGAGGGUAGUUAUAUUUUGUGUGAGUCAUUAAGAGUAUUGUAGAUAGCAUAACUAUCAUAGUAUUUGCUAAUGGAACUGUUUCAUUUGACAUACAUUGUGUUUAUAAGUUUGUCUAUAAACAUCCAUUCAGCAAAACAUUAUAUAGUAGUUACAGAAAAAAACAAAUUGCACAAAGCUGCCAGUGGAAAUGAGCUGUGGGUAUUCAGUUUACAGUGCACUUAACAUAUGUAUCCCUUAAAAGAUAGCUUUGUGUUAGCAUGCUGCAAAUCCAAAAUGUAUUUAAAAAAAUAAUAAAAUAGAAAACCUGGGCUACUUAACAAAACUGUUCAUUAACAUUGUUCGUAGUGGGGGGGGGGGGCUUUUUUAUUUUUAUUAUAAAUUUGCUUUAUAUUUGCACAACUGUUAAGAGAAUAUUUCUUUUUCUUUUCUUUUUAUAUUUUGUUUCAAGAAUUGAGAUAUUGUGUUUUAAAUAAUGUUCACCUUUUGUUUUGCACCAGGUAGGAAAAUCAGUUGAGAAUGAGAAUUUUUUUAAUAUAAAUAUAUUACAUUUAUUUUUAUUAAUUUAUGGGGGAAAAGUUCUUAGAAAAAACAACAACAUUGUGUGGUUUAUGUGGCUGUAAAGUAUGUACAAACUGUCACAUAAGACUGUCACUGUUUAAUGUGGAAUUAUUUCUUAAUGUGUUUACUCAUGAUAAGCAUAAAAUAAAAAUGCAUUACUUGCACUUAAACUUA